UCUUAUACCUGUUAUUCUAUUUAUACAACUGAAUUAUUUAACUUGCACCGCUUCAUCAUCUUUCAGAAUUUGCGUUUUAUGUAUAAAUAAAUAGACAAAUAUUCAUUUGUUUUGCUCUCAAUACACCGUCUUUAAUUUAGAAAUAGACUGUUAAAGGUGAGCAAGCAUGAGUCAAGCACUGAUAGGAUUUGGUGUAGCUGUGGCUUGCAUGGCCAUGUUUACUAACUUCUCUAUACACAAGAUAGAAGAAGGUCAUGUUGGGGUUUAUUAUCGGGGUGGUGCAUUGUUGAGCAGUGUUAGUUCACCAGGAUAUCAUUUCAUGGUUCCAUUCAUCACAUCAUUCAGGAGUGUACAGACAACAUUACAAACAGAUGAAGUGAAAAAUGUGCCAUGUGGAACCAGUGGUGGUGUCAUUAUAUAUUUUGAUCGUGUUGAAGUUGUAAACAAGUUGGCGGAGAGUUCGGUACACGACAUGGUGAAGAAUUACACGGCCGAUUAUGAUAGAACACUCAUCUAUAACAAAAUACACCAUGAACUUAAUCAGUUCUGUAGUGUACAUAAUCUACAAGAGGUCUAUAUUGAUCUUUUCGAUAAGAUAGAUGAGAAUUUGAAGGAGUCGUUACAGGAAGAUCUGACUGACAAUGCUCCAGGACUUACAGUACACAGUGUCCGUGUCACAAAACCUAAAAUACCAGAACAAAUCCGCAAAAACUAUGAAAUGAUGGAAGCUGAGAAGACCAAACUGUUAAUUGCUGUACAGAAACAGAGAGUUAUUGAGAAAGAGGCAGAAACUGAUAGAAAAAAAGCUAUCAUAGAGGCUGAGAAGAAUGCUUCAGUUGCUAAGAUAGAAUGGGAACAGAAAGUAAUGGAGAAGGAAUCAGAGAAACGCAUGUCACAAAUAGAAGAUUUAACUCAUUUAGCAAAGGAGAAAGCUAGAGCUGAUGCCAACUUUUAUCGUGUACAGAGGGAGGCUGAGGCCAAUAAGAUGAUUCUUACUCCAAUGUACUUAGAAAUGUUAAAGCAGAGAGCGUUAUCAGAAAAUACUAAAAUAUAUUUCGGAAAUAACAUACCAGAUAUAUUUGUUGAUCCUACAGCAAUGACAUCACCAGCUUCAAAAGAUUCUAAUCAGAAAAAGACCAAGACUUGAGGGCCAGGGUGUCAUAGAUUUUUUUUCCAAUUUCAUCUUUUCUAUGUGAUAUCUACAGACUUUCUCCAGCAUGAUCAUGUAUCAGGGAACAACCAUUGAAAUAACAGGACAAUAAAUUCCAUAUCACAUCUAAGGGAGAUAAUUUAUUUUGUUGCUUAAAUUUUCUCAAUUUUUGAAAUGCGGUACUUUAUCUUGUGAACACAUAGGUUAAACAUGGUAUAAACUUUUUCUUUUUUUUCUGAAGAAGGAUGUGAUUAUCAAAGCAUGAAGUUUUGACUUUAUAGUGCUGCCACCUCCUGUAAUGUGAACAUAAUGUACCAAGGGAGAUCACUUUGUACAUAUUGAAAAAUUUAAAAAAGGAAAAAUAUUUUUAAAGUUUAAUUAAUUUUCAAAACUGCCAUCAUUGUAUGAAUACUGUAAGCAAUACUAAUUAAAAUGGACACAUAAUCAUUGAAUUAUUUUUGGUUAUUUUCUUUCUCUAUUUAAUGUAUUUUGUUGACAUUUUGUAGUUAUAAAAAAUACAGCAUUAAUUUUUUUUCAGUAUAUAUAUUUAAUGUUGGCAAGUCUAAUAUAAAUGAUUAAGUUAUUAUAAAUAAGUACAUGUCAGAUAAGUAUUUUAGACUCCAGCACAUAAAAUGUUGCAGAUUUAAUAUCGUUAAAGCUGGUCCGAGAGGGCAUUAGAGAUGUUGAACUUUUGCAUUAUCUUUCAUGAACAAGACUCGAUCAAACCAUGUCUGCAAAUUUUAUGUAAUUUCUUUAUUUUCACGGUCACCCCUUUUCCAGAUUGUAUUAUUACAUCUUUUAAACCAAUAUAUUAACACAUUCCAUUUGAAUGUUAAAACUGUAAAGAUAUGCUUUUAAUGCCUACUUUUCCGUGCACAUUGUUGUUAAUAUUUUAACAAAAACAAAAAAAUGCUAGAGUUUUUAUGUAUUUCAAUGAAUGAAGAAGAUUAGAUAAUGUGGUAAAACUAUGAGUGGUACAAAUCGAAGCUCUACAUGAAUUCUUUUUAUUAUGUUAAUUUUAUUGUUUGUGGGUUAUCUACAUGUACAACAGUUUUCUCAAGCUUGUUCGUAAAAUUUCAAAAUUAAUUUAACCUCUGACUAUCCUUUUCAUGAACCUGCAUGAUAACACAUUGUUCUUAAUUUUAUUUAAUCAAUAUUUUAACUUGCUUUAGUUUGCAAAUAUGUUGUCACAUGUUGUUUAAUGUCCGGGCAAUGUUUGUGUAAUGAAUACAUGUUCAGAUUAUAAAUUAUGGUAAAAUUGUAUAGUGAGAAUGAAAGUUUAAACAGGUACAUGUAUUUUAAAAAAAAGUAGGGUUUAUUUGUUUCCCUAUUUGUUAUUGCCAUAAGUAUUCAAAGAGUUAAAGAUUCUUAAGAUUUUGGGGGAAGAUUGAAACUUUACAUAUGCCUAUCUCCUUGUUCUAUAAUUAUGUACAUGUAUCAUAUUAAAUGAUAAGUUAACCAGAUUUUUUUUUUGAUGGUUUUGCUUAAUUAAUGUUGUUGUGUAUUUUGUUUCUGUAUUUAUUGAGAUAUGGAUGUUGUACAGUCUGGUAUUGUUAAAUUAGAGAAAAAUGUCAGGUUUAUAUACUUCUGUCAAGUUUGUAUAAUAAUAAUAAUAAUGAUAAUAAAGGCUUUAUGUAACAUUUAUAAUAUUCUGAUAAAAUUGUUGUUGUGUAGUGUCAAUCAUGUGAGUUAUUGUGUAAUUUAUAAAUUAUCACAUGAUAUUAAAGAAUACUUAACAAGUGUAAUUUUCUAAUGUAUAUCUCUAGAUUAUUGUACGAGAUUGUUUUGCUUAUAAGUAUACAACCUCACAUAAUUGUCAUGGUUUGAGGACGAAAUUUCAAUACAGCAGGGGAUUAUGUCAGGGUUCAGAACUGUUUACAAUAUAGGGGACAAGAUUUUCAGUAAAAGUAGGCUGAGUAAAAAUACACCUGAGUGUUGAUGUGCUCUUAUGACAGGCAUGAGUAUAAAUUCAGUACACCUUGAAAAACUUUUUAAAUAAUUGAUAAUGCUCUAAUACACCCUUCAGAGCUAUUAAAAAAGUUCAAUUUCAACAAUUUCUUUUCUUGUAUACAAGAAAGCAUGUGAAUUAUGAUAGAUUUUUGAUUUUGUCAUAUAGAUAAUUGAUCACUCAUGUCUGUGGACAUCAUGAUCUGUUGUUACUCACCUGAAUUAUAAUAUAUACUGUGCUAUAUGACAUGAUUGCUCACAUAUUAAAUUUUUUCAAUUAAAAGAACAGUCAUAUUAUUAGAAUUAUUUCUGGUCGAGCAAACAGCAACAACAAUAAUUUGAUGAGAAUUAUAAAAAAAAUUUAUAAAUGUGUCCGGAGGACAUGUCUGCCCCCACAAUCCACCAUUUUGUCAGAACAUAUACGGAUAGUGGGACAGACGGACAACAUCAAAUUUAAAUGCCCACCCCCCAUUUAAAGUAGUGGGGGCUAACAAAUGACAUUUUAAAAUUGAAUACUGCAUUUGAAUGGUUUUUCUUUAUUACAAAGAAAGGGUUUCAAUUUUGUGCAUGGUGUAUUUAGAAAACAAUGUAUUUUGAACAGUUCGAGCAUGUAUUUUAUAUUACAUAUAAAUAUGUAUAUAAUAUACAGAAUUGAUGUAUGUUUGUGUGGAUAAUUGACAUUAUAAAUUAAAUAUUGCUCAAUUUAUUUAAGCACAUGUCGUAUAUUUGUUGUUUUGUUUAUGUGUGUAUAACACAAGUUUGUUUAGAUAGUAAAUCUAUUAUAUGAUAAGUAUAGACAUCUACAUUUUGUUUGAUCACAAGAAACAUGGACAACGUGGAUAAAUAACUAAAAUUACACUGUAGGACAAUCAAGUGACAUUAUGCUCAUAAUUUCAUAGUCAAAUUGAGCUGAAUUGACUUUAUAUUUCAAUAGAUUGAUUGUCAAAAUGGUGUUUGACCAACAGUUGAUAUUAGAAAAUGUUUAGGAUAAAAUUAUAAAAUCUGCCUAUAAUUUAAAAAGACUGCCCACUCUUUUUAUAAACUAAGCGUUACAGGUAAAUUCUAAUGGAUAAUUACACAAAUUUCGUUUGGAUCUGUGCAUUAUUUAUUGUUUAUGCGAACUUAAUUAUCAAAUUCAAAUUAAUUAUGGCAAAAUAAAAACUUAUUUUUAUCUUCACCCGCUCACUUACUAUAUACCCUCGGAUGGGCAUAAUGUCACUUUAAGUAGAGAUUAAAAUUUGUUACUGAUGUGAUUUUGAUCAUCACAAAUUGAUCAGUGGUUGAAUAUGUGAUGUGUCUGUCUUACUCAGCCCAGGGAACCUUAGUUUUAGUCCCACUUUUAUUAAAACCCAUGUAUUUUCAACUAACUCCAGUUCUAUAGUUAGUCCCAGAGGCAAAUUUUAAAGUCAGGUUAACAUAAGUUGCAAACAAUUGUUACACAGUUGAUCUUAUACAAAUAUCUUUUAACAACAUGUAUUCAUAUAUUAGUAUUUGCAUUUUGAAUUUCAUUAAAACCAAAGAGUACUAGUACAGAACAAGCAAAUAAAUAAUGAUAUUGUAUAUAGGAAAUCCAUAUAAUGCUAAAAUUAGUUUUUCUUUUUAUUUUAUUACACAAUAUUGAAAAUUGAUAUACAAAAAGUUUAUUACAAGGGUAGGUUUAGGGGUUUUAGUUAAUUAAUAUACUAGUUUCAGUCCUUUACUUUGUUCAUCCAGAUGACGAGGUGUCUAAAUGAAUUGUAUAGAAAACUAAUUAUGGUGCAAAACAAAAUUUAAUAUCUUUUGAUUUACUUCUACAGAUCUUUGUUGGAAUGAAGUACAUGUAGUUCUUCUAUAGUGAUGUUAAAAUCUAGGAAACAUGUAGUAUAUUGUUUUAUUUGCUAGAAUUCUUAUUUUUCAUUCAAGCAUUAUAUAUUAAUGAAGUUAUUCUUACUAAACAAGUAAUUUUCUGAUAAAUUUAUCCAAUGGACAUUGCUUAUCAAUUUAACCCUUAAUCGGCUGGAAUCAAAACUGAUUUGCAUUUGUUUUUAGUUUAGAACCAGACCUGCCUGUAAAUCUGUGCAAUCUUACUUGGCUCUAUAUUGUUGAUAUAUGUAACUCAUAUUUUGAUAUUGAAAUCACUUAAACUUUGGAUGAACUGUUACAAAUUUAUAACAGAGCAAGUCUGUAUCAUAAAUAAAGGAGUUUCAGGGUUAAAGAUAAAACUGUAGUCACAUGAUAAUUUAAAUGAGAAAAAGAACAUUUCGGUAAAAAAACAGGUUGAUUUACCACAUAUUUACCACUCUGUUUAUGUGCCUUAAUAUUUUGUAUAUCCUUUUUAUAAAUAAAUGCCAAUAAAAUCA